GUGAGUGUUGAGUCCGAGGCAGCCGCGGGGACGAUGGCGGAGUAGAAACAAACAACAAAUCAGCGGACUAACGGCUCGUCUCUCCUCCAUCUUCUUCCUCUUUCUCUGCUUCUUCUUCUUCUUCUCCUUCCUCCUGACCACCCGCCGCUCCGCUCCUGGCCUCACCGACGACACCCAUGCAGCAGAGGAGACCCUGGACGGGACUAGCCACAUGCGAUUUAUGUUGGGUAACGGGGUGAAGCGGAAACUGGAUGAGGGUGAGGAUGGUUUGGAGGAAGACGGUCCUCCCCUCGCAGUUGGAGGUGCGUCGCAGGCGUCCUACACCCUGCAGCGCCAGACGGUCCUCAACAUGUCCCUCAUGAAGCUGUAUGGUCCGCGGAUGGGUGCCGACCUCGGCCUGCAGCGCCGAGUCCUCAUCAACAACAUCAUCCGCCGCAUCCACGACGACUUCAGGCAGGAAGGAGGCGUCGGCGCUCUCUUCUUCUCUGCUACGCCGCCUGUCCCUGCUGCCGCUGCCGCCCAUGAGGCCGAAAGCUACCGACAACCUCCGCCUCCUCCCUCUUCCUUCAGCAUCCUCUCAUCGUCGCUGUCCGGAUUGACGGCCCUGGACUCCUGCCUGACCCCCGCCUCGCUGCUGGAGGAGGACCUGCCCAUGUUCUUCACCCUGCCGCCCUCCUCCUCCUCACAACACCACCACCUGCACCACUCCCUGAGGCCACCGCCGCCAUCACCCAAAGACAGCUUCUCGUCCGCCCUGGAGGAGAUCGAGGAGCUCUGUCCUUCCUCUUCGUCUUCCUCCUCCUCCUCCAGCCCACCGUCACCUCCUCCAUCUCGGGUUGUGUUUGAUGUCGUCAUGAAGGAGGAGGGACGGGGCUUUCAGGAGGUGGAGAGCAGGUUAGAGAAACCCUCUCCACCUCCUCUUCCCCCCUCACCGUCCUCCGCGGGCUCUUUCCUGACUGACUUUGCCCUGGACGACGUCCUCUUCACAGACAUUGACACCUCCAUGUACGACCUCGGCCCCUGCCCACCCCCAUCGGGAGCACAGCCGUCCAAGAUGGCCCCCGUCGUGAUGGCCGACGACCUCGUCCGGUCAAUGUCCGGGUACGGUUCCGCUGGGGCCGGCACCCAGAACCAGCCUUUUAAAAUGGACCUAGCUGAGCUGGACCACAUCAUGGAGGUGCUGGUGGGCAGCUGAGAGGACAAGCAGAGUCGCCUCAGAGACACGAGGAGACUUUUUAGAACUUUUUGUUCAUUUUGUACAGUUUUAACGUUACAAACGUACUUCACAGUGGCCUUAUUCUGGAGGAUUCAUGCUGCUGUGUGUAGAGUUUAACAUCGAUGAAUUGUGAGAACACUGAUUCUGAGUCCGUUUACUUAGAUCUCCUGUAUUUCAUCUGAAAUCUGCUCCUUUUAUUCAACAAAGCAGCUAGAUGGCACCGUAGUGCUAGAGCAGACAGAUCUAAUCUAAUGCUAAUGCUAUCCAUCAUGAUAGCAUUAUUUUAUCCCGCGCUGACAACAUUUUAGCCAACAUGUAAGCAUUAGUCAGUCACAAAAGCUUUUUAAUUUUCCAUUUCUUCUUUCUUCUGUCAAGUAGAAGGUCGAAGUCAAUGGUGCAAUUUUCUAAUUUCACCAAAAUUUGAACUUGAACUUGUGGAUUGACUUCCAUAGAAAUGUACCGAUUCACUGCAAAAAAUUGCCAUUUUAAAUGCUGGAGUGACCACUUUAAUGUGUGAGGUCACAUUUGAUGAAAGAUUUACUGAUGGCUAAAACAUUUACCAGCAUCUUUAAUCUCUGAGUUUAAGUAUUGGAAGCACGCGGUCAUACUGUGCUACACACUGAGGAUCCACCAUUAGAAUAAUCUCCUCACAGAGGUGAGCAGAAACACAAAGAAGCUCUGUCUUUGUCUUCCAGUCAACUCAGGUGAACUCCAGGUUCAAUAACACCAAUGUGAAGUACUGUCCUGUUUUCUACCGCUGUCCAACAAUUGUAAGAAACAAAGUCUCCAGAGACUUAUCUACUGUCUGUGCAUGUUUUUUACAAACGAGGAAAGAAAUCUCAGCAGCAUUUAUGAAAAACAAAACAAUUCAGUGCCUUUUUAAACCUCCAUCACACGCUCACGUCUUGCUGUUGCUCGUCACGUAGCAAUAUGAAUGCUGAAGGAAGUUUUAUUCCAGAACGCAGUUUAAUAACCUAAAAUUCAUUGUGUAAUAUCUUUAAAAUCUAGCCUGCAAAAUGGAUUUAUUUUGUCAAAGAGUGUGUAAAUGUGGAGCUGUUAAUCUAUUUGUUGUAGAUUUGUAAUAAUGAUUGAGAAGUCUGCUGUGCUUCUGUAUUCUUCUGAUUGUCAUCAAAUCUUAUGAAAAGAGCAAGACCAGCCACAUGUUUGUCUGUCAGGCUUUGGCGUUUGUUUUGUCAUUUUUAUCGGAUUUGAUGAGAAGAAAAAUAUAGAAAAUCACCAGACUUUAAAUUUCUUGUUUCAAACUAAAUUUAUCAGCUUUCUCUGUUGAGAAAUCAGGGUCACAAAAAUGACUGCAGCCGUCUUUAGCUAGUUUGUUGCUAACUAUCAGUCACACUUCCUGUAGUACAGUUUAUCAAAGCUGCUGUAGCUUCAGUAGCACAAGAGGACCAAAAUCUCAUUGGUUGAGUCAAACCGUGAUAAGGAUUGAACUAAGUUAGCAAAAACAAAUUAGCUAACUGUAAAUCAAAUGGGAUUUAUUUCAGUACAUAUUGAUUGAUAUAUAAAUGAUAAUAACUUUAGUUUGUGGUUCAUGCUUAUGGCAUUAGCAUUUCAGAUAACUAGCUUAGCUAUACUUGGCAAUAGCCUAAUAUGGCUUUUAUGAACCUCAAAAGUUAGCAUGAAUAACUAGCUACAAAGAACUUGUGGACAGCCUGUAACUCUGUUACAGUUUUUACUGCAGGUGCAGUAAAACAAUGAAUUUUUCGUGCACAUUGUUAGCUAGUAGCCACGCUGACCAAGUUUCCAUUUUAGAGGAAUAAUGAAGCAGAUAUCAACUUUGUGAUAGAAUCUCAGGUUCAAAUAACAAAGAUGCACUUUUACUAGCUUGUGAACAUUAGCAGUGUAAACUAGCAAACACAGAUCUGUUUGUCACAUGAAUCCGCUUCACCAACUAGACAUUAGCUAGCCUCUGUGCCAGCUUGUAUUUUGGGAAAAACUCAUUCCAAAAAUAUCAUCAGUUGGAAUAUUCAUAAGAAUGAACUGAAGCCAGGCAGCUCCAUUUAAACACAGACCAUCUUUACUAGCAGCUAACUUCCCUCAUUUAGGGAAUGGAGAGCUUUUUUUUUUUUUUUGCUAACAGUUUACAAGCUAACCUACUUUAUUUAGUAUGGAAAAAAUCUCUCUUUUACUAAAGGAAUAGUUUUAAUAAAAGAAAAGCACUUACUUUAAUGUCUCUGUGAGAAGUACAGAGCUGGGGUCAGGAGGUGGUUAGCCUAGCUUAGCAUAAAGACUGGAAACAGGGGGAAACAGCUAGCCCGGCUAUUAAACUUCUUCAGCUCACUGAUGAACGUGUUUUUGUUUAAUCUGCACAUAAACAGGAGUGGGAAAACAACAGUUUGUAGUUUAGUGGGAGCUCAAUGUUCUGUUUCCUUGACAUCGUAUCAUCAUCUUCAUCUGGAGAUUUUAAUCUGGAGCUUCAGUCAAAUUUUGUUUGUUCGUACUCACAUUUAUCUCUGUUUGACUCAACCAGUGAGAUUAUCUCCGACUAAAAUAAACAUUUUAAGUGUUUUACUUCAAGCAGGAGUAAAAAUGUCACAUCUGGAAAAGAAUAAAAAAAGCAAUUUAAACUGUUCAUGUCUGUAUGAUCAGCUGAGUUUAAGGAAGCAGAAGUUAAACUGCAUUAAUGGAGGUACGAAUGUCUUCUUUUUAACCCACAGUGGUGAUGAUACCAACUAUCAAAUGUAGGCUUUCCCUUCUAUUAGAAACAACAUAGAACACAACUCUUGUGAAUUAUUUAUUAUCUCUCAGCUCUAGUGUAUAUUUAUUGUAACUUUGGACACUAAUAUUUUGUUUUGUAUAGAACAUAAAAUGUAUUCUUUUUAUGGAUAAAUCCACCAAAACUGACUUCUAAGUUGUUUUUAAAUGAAAAACCCACCAAUUUUUGGGUUAAAAAUGUUGAACUCAGAGGUAAUUCUUGGUGGAAAUCUCUCUAUCUCUUUUAUCUCUAUAAGAUUUACCAUCAUUUAAUAAAUGAUAGGAGUUUUUUUUAAUACUAUGUGAUAUAGUUUAAGAUCAGCAAUGCAAAUGCCGUCAAUUCAACUUCUGCCAUUGCUCUAUUGUGUGUGUGUGUGUGUGUGUGUGUGUGCGUGCGUGCGUGCGAGAGAGAGAGAGCGUUUGUGUGUGUGAACUUCAGAAAUGGAUAAACAGUGAGCCAGCUUUUUUCUUCUUUUUUUAAACUUCAGAAUCUGAACUCCAAAAUCUUUUUGUAUUGUUUUGUUUCUUUGUUUCUGCAAUCUUGACCAGGAUUUCUAGCUCAUGGAGGGUUUUAGAGUUGUUGUUCAUGGAUCAGGUUGAUCAGACCGCAUCAAUCAUGUCCUGAGCAUGAUUAUUGGACCUGAAUCCAGAUCUGCAUUCUUUAAAUAUUCAUCUCUGUGUCUCCACCUGCUGGACACAAGCUGUAACAGCAGGUUGUCACACCAUUAAAAGCUGUGUCCCAAUGUCCCAGAUACAUACUAAUGGUAUACAGUAUGUGUAAUGUGUCUUUAUAUAUUCUAUUUUUAUAUAUAUUUCUAUCUGUAUCUUUAUAGUACACAGUUUUUGUGUCUUCAUACUUGACUGUUUUAUACGAACAGAAAAUCACACAAUCAAACUGACAUGACCGGUUAAACUUCACCAAGUGACAGAAAAAUGGAUUUAAGAUUUAAUUCUUUUUGUUUCUUUGUUUUCUAAGACCUUUCUUGUACUGGCUCACUACCUUCUAUCAUUUCUUUACAUUUUUUACAGCUAAAAGACACUAAAAAUCAGGAAGUUUUGUCACUUGUCCAGUGUGAGCACACUGCUGUGGAUCAGUAUGUAGUUCAGCAGAGGGACAUAGUGAUGUCUUUGCAGAUACAGUGAUAAAAUACAAACAUUGCAUACUGUUGUUCAUGUAAAAUAAGACCUGUUUUGUUUUUAAAUCUUACGUCAGCUGCAUCAGCAGAGUGUCUGUCAUCUUCGCUCUAUAGUUCUAAAUUUUACCACAUAAACUCAGGUUGGUCUAAUGAAACCCAGAUCCCUGUUUUUAAUCCAGUCAGUGAUUUUUAACAACUGGCUCUCUGCUGUUUCUUCAGUCUUCUUUGCUGUUUUGUUUGCGUUUUCUUCCUUUUCCAUCCAGAGAAUGAAUGAUCGAAUGACUGAAAGGUCGUUUGGACCCAAAUUCAUCAAACCAAAUGUUGUUCUUCUUUUGUGUUUUGUAGCACACGCGUGGCUCCUGGAGGUUUUUUAACAGAAGGGUGAAUUUAUGUUUGUCUUUACAUGAAUUUCUGCUUCACGCUCGACCUUGAAUCUGUGCCUUGUGCUAUGCAAUAUGACAUUUUUCUUCAGAGGAUUCUAUUUGAAUGUGUGAGAUGAGGAUUCAGCUUUUCUGGGGGCGGAGGGGUUCUACUUUGGUAAUUUUAUUUUCUACAUUAAAAUGAAAAUGAGCUCAU